AAAAGAUAUCGAAUCAUUGACAUGGGGAGGUAUAGAGAGAGAAGACGGAGAGAGAGAUUAAAGAAAGAGGAGAUUCCAUUCUCUUUGGCUAUAUAGUUUCCAAUGCAUCCAACAUACCUUGACACAUUCUUUAUUUUAUUCAUUACAAGGAAUAAUUGUUCCUUGUGGUUUUAUUUAUUAUUCCUUAGGUUGGUGCAACUUCAUGCUAUCAUCUUUCUUCUGCUGGUAGUGUUUGAGGUGAGAGAGAGUGGUAGAGAUGGAGCUUGAUGAGCAAAGUCUCUUAGAGGAGCUUUUUGCUCCAAGGGGGAAGACAUGGGACACCUCUCCCACAGGAACGACAAAGCUCCUCUUCUCCACUGAAGGAGGAACUGACUGCUUCCCAGAAACCCCAAGCCCAGUUUCACCCGAUUACGCUCCAUUCGAAGGGCUAUCCUUUCAACCUGAGCCAAUCUUUGAUUGCCUGAGUGAAGUCUGUUGCCCAUUUGGAAGUGGCUUUUUUUCAGCAGCACCAGAUUUCCAGACUUCAUGCACCAUGAUGACACAUAGCACCAUUUCUCUCUUGGCUCAGGAUAAUGAAGAGAUUGGUUUGAUCCAUGAAGAAAAAAAUAGCACUUUGUAUGAUGAGCAGCAGAGCAAUUGCAAGGUAGAGCCAGGGCAAACUGUCCAUACUCCUUCAGUCUUUGGUGGUGCAGGACCUUGUCUGGAGAGGAAGAAUGGCCGGCAGAAGAAGGUGGAGGGCCUGGCAUCGAAGAAUCUAAUGGCAGAGAGGAGACGAAGGAAGCGACUUAAUGACCGGCUUUCACUGCUAAGGUCCAUUGUUCCUAAGAUCAGCAAGAUGGACAGGACAUCUAUCCUUGGAGACACCAUUGACUACGUGAAAGAGCUUUUGGAAAGGAUCAAGAGCUUGCAACAAGAGGCUAAAGUGGGUACCGAUGAGCUGAAUCUACUCAACACCUUAAAUGGGGUUAAACCCAAUGAGAUGUUGCCGAGAAACUCUCCCAAGUUCAAUGUCGAACGGAGAGAAGGGGACACCCGGUUAGAGAUUUGCUGUGCGGCAAAGCCGGGUUUGUUGCUGUCUACAGUGAGUACUUUGGAGGCUCUGGGGCUAGAGAUCCAACAGUGUGCUGUGAGCUGCUUCAAUGAUUUUGGAAUGAGAGCUUGUUGCUCAGAAGACAAGGAGCAGAGGGCAAUCAUAGGCUCUGAAGAGAUUAAGCAAGCAUUGCUCAGGACUGCUGGCUAUGGAGGGAAGUGUGUUUAGGAGAGAGAGACAAUAUGUGGGACAUAUUUCGCUGUUUUGACAAUUUAAAGAGGAUUUCGAGUCAGAAGUUGAUAAGUUUGAGAGGUAUUACAUUAAAGAUUGACAUCUUUGCUUCCACUGGAGACUACUGAUGAGAUUGUCAUAUGGGAUGGUUAGAGCUAUGCAUGUAGUUAAGAAGCCUCCAGGCUCCAUUUUAUGUUCUUCUUAAAUAAAAAGAACUUCCAGUUUCA